UUUUUUAUUCUAUGGCCUACAAGACAUCGGCCAUUAUGCAGCCUGGGAAAAGUCCUCAGCCUCCCACCGGGGCUGGGUAACAUUUGAUAUCAUCGGAUACAGGGGUGUGGUGGUGGAAUAGGCUCAAAUUAUCCGGGUAUGCAGCAUUAUUUUGGACUCAACGUGCAACCAAACGGGGGGAAACUACUAUGAGCCCAAACAACUGUCCGCGAGCCCCGCUGCUGCUGCUGCUACCCGGAAAUAUUACAAGGGCCGGAAAGGACCAAUGUUAAGGGAGCACACGUCACUCACUUUUACCCAAAAAUAUUAUCACCGACCAUCCAAAUUUCCUCGGCCGUCGAGUUCUUUAGAGAAAGCUCCCUUGCCACACCGGCGCAAACGGUCAUAAUCAAAUGGCAAGAAGGCGGCGGCGGUAUCCGUCCGCGUUGAUUUCUGGGGGGAACCGUGUAAGCUUUUACCCAGCUCAGCAUCAGUGAAAAUGGCUCUGACUAACGACUGGAAAACAGCACGCAGAAAUGGACGCGGACGAUAGCUAGCUAGGCGGUUAGAAGAAGGCGUGACAGGCCUCAUCCAUCUGCAACUGGAUGCGUAGGAUUUGCUGGUUUACAUAAAAAUGAGAGGCAGUCAAAUAUACGAUAAAUUAUCUUCCUCAUCUGCCAGGGGAUCGUACUCCCCUGUAGGUUCAUCGGAUCAAUUAGAGGAAACGGUAAGAAUACAAGAGCUGUAGGAACUUCUUGGCUGAACGCAGAUGAGGAAUCUUGCUUAGAUGAAGGAAAAUGUCAAUGCAGUAACUCUCAAAGGAAAUUUUUGAAAAUUAGUUGGAACUCCUCUAUCUGUCAAAAAGACAUCUUUACCCUUUGAUCAUAAAGUCAUCUUCUCAGCUACCCCACUGCUUUUGGAAGUAAAGUGUGGGCAGUGGAUGAUCAAGAGGGAGUAACAACAGCUGAACUGUACAGUCUGGAGAGACGAACUUUAGAGUCAAGCUGACAUUCAAGUAGUUCUGGAAGAAAUAGUAGCAUAACCUCACCCUUAGGGUAAAGUUUGUCUUUCACCAGUCAGUGGUGGGAUCAUUGUUGCCGCUCCUAGCGCUGGAGGUUUGGCUCUGCACCCCCAUGUGCCAGUGAGUGGGAAAUGUUCCAAUUUGGAAAAUACAAUUUGGACAUUAUAGAGAUGUUAAGUGGGCACCAGGCCCACCAGUUCAAAGGCCUUGGUUUAGAUCGACAACUACAGCAUCAACAGCAAGUGCAACUUCACCAGCAUCAACUCCAGCAGCAGCAGCAGCAGCAGGCUGAGUCUUCUGGAGCUCUUCUGUCUGGACUUGGCUUGGGCCCCCUGCAGGGGUCUAGAGGUAACGCCUUUUCUGAUUCUGCCUCCAUUUUUGCCAAGAUGAGUGCCCCUCCUCCCCCACCUUUACAACAACAGCCUUCCUCAUCUCAGAGCUCUCGUUCAAAGUCAAGCAAGAUGAGCAGCAGCAGCUCAAGCCAUUCUUCAGGCUACCCACAGUUCCUGCGCUCUUUCCACCCGUCUGAGGCAGCACUAGCACAGGAGCAGUUACAUCCAGGUGUAGGCCGCUUUGAGCACUUUACCGGGGGAAGUAGCAGUAGUGGGAGUGCUGGGGGAUUAGGAGGAUUAGUAACAUCAGCACCUCCACCCCCUCCUCCUCUGCAUCCCGGUCUCUCUGUCCCCCAAGCAUCACCCGGCCCCCCCUCUUCCUCUCCUUCCCCUUCAACCUCUGUGGCCACCUCUAACAACCCUUCUAGCAGCAGUGCAGUCAGCUCAUUGGGACACCAGUUGGUUGGGGCCCAGUCUGAUGCACGGAGCCUUCACCAACAAUUUAGUUGCAUGUUAGCUGCUAAUCAGUAUUUCCUUUCUGGGGUGCCUGCUAAUGCUAGUUUAGAGCAAUUUCUUGUUCAACAGGGAACCCAUAACCACUUAGGGAUUGGUUUAAGUCAGACAGGUGGGGAGCCUAGUUCUAGUCUCGCUCCGCCUCCUGCUUUGCAUUCUUCGCACUCACAUGGCCACUCCACCCCCCAGCCACAGCAGGCCCCACAGCAGCCUCCCCAGCAGCAACAGCUUCCACCUCACACCCUGUCUCAUCCUCAUUCUCAUUCCCAUCCUCACCACCCGCUCCACCCAGGCUCUCAGCACUCAUCAUUGAGUGGCUUUGACUUACAGGGUAUCCCUGUACUCUCAUCAAAUCAGAUAGCUUCUCUGAUGCAGCAGGAAGCAGGUUUACCCCUCCCCUUGCCACUUCAUUUAUCCUUGUCAAAGGAUGAUGGUAAAGGGGAAAGCAGUGGAGGUGGAAGUAGUACUGGUAGUAGCAGCAGCAGUAGAAGGAAGAAAGCUAUGGCUGGUUAUUUGCCACAGAGAAAAUCUGAUAGCACUAGUAAUGGCGGCAGCAGCAGUCAUGGCCACAACAGCCACAGUGGUAAUCCUAGCGCUAGUAGUAAUAGUGGAGGGCUUAGUCAUGGUCAGCCCCCGGCUUUAAUUGGGAGUGGGGUUGGUAUGUCAAAUAUGGGUGGAGAUCCAUCAUCCCUUCUUGCUUCAUCAUCUUCAUCCUCAUCAGUAGUUUCUUCCUCCUCCUCUGCUCCCUCUUCCACUGCUGCCUCAGUACUGGUUACUAAUGAUUCUCACCUUUCUAAAUCUGAUAACCAGAGCUCAAUGCAACCCAACCCCACAGAGUCUGAUACAGAGCACAUUUAUAGCUGUGGAGAGUGUGCCAAAAGCUUCCCUCACCUUUCAAGCCUUCGCAGGCAUUUGCGCAUGCAUGAGCCAACCACAGCUGGUACUAGCAAAAGUGCUACUACUGGCCCAAAUCCUGUACACAUUAAAACUCAACCUGACCCAAGCCUUCCCCAUUCGACCCAAGAAACUCCCCAACCCUCAUCCAAUUCUUGUCCUAGCCCAGACAAAAUAUUUCAUUGCCCUGAGUGUGGCAAAGGCUUUAAGAAAAAAGGGCACCUCCUGCAACAUGGUGUAUUACACUCUUCAGCCCGCCCAUAUGGCUGCUCCACCUGCUCUCGGGCUUUUAAUCGUAGAGAGUCACUGACACGCCAUGAGAAGAUACAUGAGGAAAAGCCAUUCAGAUGUCCUGCCUGUGGUCGUGCCUUCCGUGAGAGCACCUCUCUACUCAACCAUGCUGCCUCAGGCACCUGCGGCAAGCCAGGUAGGGGACCCAAACAACGGGGCAGCAAGACAGGAAAUGAUGGUGAGGACAGAGUCGGGGGAGGGGGUGGAGGAGGUAAUGGAGGAGGGGGAACUUAUCAAAGCAAUAGAGGGGUAAUUUAUGGGAAAACUGAGGAAGAAGAUGGUGUAAUCAUUGUGGGGGAAGGAGAACCAAAAUCAGGUUUAGGAUGUGAUGGUCUGUUUCAGUCUGGAAGGGAAGGGAAUUCAAAUGACAGGGACAGAACAGAUAGUAAAUACCCCACUGACUACUCUCGGAAUCGUUACACAGGCUACCAUGAUGAUCACCGUUCUCAAGGUAACCCAUCUCCAUGCUACUCUGGUGCCUCUCCCUGUGGAAGUGGGAUGGCGGGCCCAGCUCUGAGAAAGGCACCCUUGGCCCCGACACUGCAUCCACACUCACAGAGCCACAACCAGCACCACCAUCCGCAGCAACAGCCCCACCUGCCCCUAUCUUCUCUACUGGAUGACUCAGAGGAUGAUGUCACUAGCUCUGUCAAUAAUGCAAUCUCUGCUAUAACAGCAGCUAGCAACAGUGGAAAUAGAGGGGAUGAUAGGGGAGACAUCAUAGGAGGUCUACUAGGUGGUCUUGGUUUAGGUCCUCUGGGCUCACCUUCAUCAACAUCUGGCUUGGAUAAGAAUUUCAGAGGUGGUGGGAACCAGGAGGCUAUGAGCAGCAACCCACAGAAUCCUGCUGCCAAGCCAAAACGUCCCCGCAAACCCAGAGCAAAGAAAGAUCCAGCAGUUGGUGGACAGCCCCCCAAACGUAGGCAAUACACUCCGAGAAUGGGGCCCAGUGGUCUCCCACGCACUCACCUCUGCAGUGUCUGCGGUAAGGGAUUUGCACGUCGCGAGACCCUACGCAGGCAUGACCGCAUCCAUACUGGAGAAAAGCCUCAUCACUGCACUGUUUGUGGAAAAUAUUUCAGAGAGGCUUUUCACCUAAGCAAGCAUCAAACAGUCCACUCUGGGGCAAAGAAUUACAAAUGCAGUAUCUGUGGGAAAGAGUUUGGUUACUCCCAGAGCCUUAGGAGGCACAGUAAACUCCACCAGAAAGGGGAGCUGGAAGAGGUGCCCACAACACCAGCUGCAGAGAACCUAAACAGCUUUAACCCAAACCCUCAAUGUAGCGUGGCCCAAGACAGGAGCCAGAACCAAGCACCAAGCACCUCCUCCUAUUACUCCUACCCUCAAGAUGUCAAGCCUCAAGACACCAACCCUCAGCCACAACCCCCACCCCAGCCACAUCCCCAGGCCCCACCUCCACCUCGACUUUACACCUGUGCUAUAUGUUGGAAGUCGUUCCGCCAUCACUUCCACCUGACUGCCCAUCACCAGACGGUUCAUGAAGGAGGGGGUGAAAAGCUCUUCUGCUGUGAGGUAUGUGGGAAGGCAUUUGCUUACUCCAAUAGCCUUACUCGACAUAGGCAAUCACAGCAUGGGAUGACCCGCACUGAGCCGUCUAACCCUCAAGAAGGCAGCAGCGGGUCUGGAGACAACAGAGGCGGGAGUGAUGUUAAUCAGUCAACGUCAGAGAGUGAGGCUGCCACCAAUGCCCUGCUACAGAUGGCUCCUUCCACAGAAGGCCAUGGAGGGCAGAGUCUUAGCGUUGUCACUCAUAGCCACCAGCAGCCACCCCCACAACCACCACCAGCUGGUUAUUCUCCUCUCUUUUAUGAUGCUGCAGCAGCCCAAACUUCAGCAUCUAAUGCCCCAACUUAUUCUCAGCCUCUGCCUCCAAACUCAACAAUCAUGCCCCCGCAGCACCCGCACUCCCCAGCCGGGGUGAAAGGAGAGCACAUAUAUCCAGCUGGAUCCCGUAGCCGCACGCUUCACACCACAGCCCCGUUCCAGCCCCUUACGGAACUGCCCUCCACUGAACAUCAUCAUCUGCAUCAUCAUCAUCAUCUCCUCUCCCACCAUCAUCCUCAUCAUCAGUCAGGUACCCAGUCCCACCAACACCUUGACUGCAGCAUCCAGUUAUCACAUGAUGACAUGAGACGACACAAGAAGAAAAAAAAAAAGUCCGAGAGGAGAGAUCGGAGGGAAAAUAAAUGGGAAUCCCAAGAUUUAGUCAGAUUUGAUGGAAUCAGAAGGAAGAGAAAGAUAAGUUGUACAAUAAGAGGGCAGUUGAAUAAAAAACAAGGCUCUCUUCGUUUGACAAUUAGGCGGGGAGGAGGAUCAGGUGGUGGUGGUUAUAAGCUUGUCAACACUGGGGGAAUGAAGGUGCAGAUCCUGUCAUCUCUAAAAGUUCCUGUGAAACGUUUUGGCUGUCCUAUAUGUCCCAAUUCUGUGUUUUCCCGCAAAGCGGGACUGUUAGUCCACAUGGCAGUGAAACACCCACAAAAAGCCUUGACCACUCCGGAGCGACUGAGGUGCAGUGUAUGUGGGAAGCAGUCUCACCGGCCUUUGGCAGCCUUCAUCCAUCGGGCCUCCCAUCGUGCCAGAGGGACUUUCUCCUGCCAACGCUGCUCCGCUCGCUUCUGGAAUGCUACACUUCUCUACAGGCACAAGGUGUCCUGCCGCCGCAGGGCUAAAGGACUGCAGCGAGGUGAUGCUAAGAUGCUUACGCUUUCAAAGAGACCAGGAGAGAGACAGACCCGAGAGGGUCAGGGGGAGAUGCCAUUCCUACAGGGACCAUACAGAUACUGAGCAUCCUGGUAUCUCAAAAGAGUGGCAUACAAGAGGGAUAUUUCUGUUCUAAAUGGGAAGGUGAGAAAAAAAGGGACUUGAAAAGGCAUCUAUUGCCUUUAGGAGAAUUUGCCUGGUGUCUGUGUUGACAUCUACUCUGCUGACUAUUAGAAUGAGUGUGUUAACAACUACUGUAGAGCAUCCUAUAAAAUAUCACCAGAAAUUCUUCCAGAUUAUAUUGGAAGGUGUUUCAAAGACGUGACUGUUUCCAUAGGAUCACUAACCCCUUAAGUGCAUUGACACUAUGCUUGGCUGACACUGUGCAGUUACUAGACAAGUUUAGGUGAAAUGACCUGCUAAUGUAUCUCUCCUCCCCAUAUCCUAACUAGAAUCCCUGCUACACCUCUUGCUGUAUGAUAAACGUCUCUGCUGUGUAUUUUGUCUUGUUGUUGUUCACUUAGAGGCUCUGAGGAUUUUUUUAAAUGUAAAGUGCAUUUAUUAGGAGUAGGGACAUGGGGACAAAGACAUUUGUUGAUAGUUUGUCAGUGCAUGUUUGUUCUCUGGUCAAGUUUUUUGCUGAGGUGAUAUCACUCCUACAGUAUGUGAUGGUUUAUUCAGUAUAUCCCCAGAAGUUUGUAGUGUAAACUUGAUUUGAAAGUUGCUCUAUAUUCCCUAGUGAUUUAAUCACGUAUAGAUAAAAUGUCAAAGUUGCUGGUAAUUAGUACAAGGAUCCCUCUCCUGCCAAAAUGAAGAAACUUACAAAAAGCCUUGCUUGUUAUGUUCACUUUACUUCAUUUAUUUGAGAUAUUCCUAGCUUUUAUACCAAGAGAUUGAAAACAGGUUAAACAAGUGGACUGUAACACAUGUUUAUCUCAUGUUAUUUGUAUGCUCUUUUUAGCAGUGAUUAUUUCUACAGUACUUCACGGUGUGUUUAAGUCAAGGACCUAUCAUAAUAGAGGCAAAUGUAAUAUUCCAUGUAUUUAUGUGUGUAACCCAAUCAGUCUUCAUGCCAAUAUAUUUAACUCCUUCUACCUUGUUUUUUCUUUUUUGCUGAGUUGCAAUCAUAUUCUUACUGUCAAGCCUUUUUUUUUUUCUUCUGAAGAAAAAUAAGUUUUGUCACUUUAUUCACAUGAAAUGUUCAUACCCCUUUCAAGCCUUGUUUUUUUUUCUUCUAAAGAAAAAAUGAUAGUUUUAGUAGAUUUCUAUCACAUUAUUUACUGAAAAGUCAGUAGUUGAUUAUAUUUCAGCAAUGAAUAAACCUUAAGUGUAAUCA